AUGGAGCAGGUCUGCGAGUACAGUGGUGAUAGAAUCACAGACCUUCCUGCCGACGUGAUACAGCGCAUUCUCGUGUUCUUGCCCAUUAAAGAUGCCGCCAAAACUAGUAUCCUGUCAAGGAAAUGGAGGCAUCAGUGGAGAGGUAUUCCUGAACUUGUUUUCGAUGAUGGGUUUGCUCAAAUUCCUGAAGAUCUGUCUGCAUCUGAACUGAACGCGAUGAGAAAGCUUAUAAUGUCGAACAUUUACAAUUCCCUGCUUGUUCAUGAUGGGAGGACAAUAACCAAGUUUGUGCUGUCAAUCCCUGGAUUACCCCCCUGCACUGAUCUUAACCACAUCAUUCUUUACCUUUCUAACAAAGGUAUCAAAGAGUUGGUGCUUCAGCUGUCCACUGAACGUUAUAAGGUGCAUUCUUCCCUAUUUUCUGCUCUUCACCUGGAAACCCUAGAUCUUGGGUGUUGUGAAAUUACACCACCAUCUUGGUCUGUUGGGUUUAGUAAGCUUACCAAUCUUCAAUUGAUAGAUGUUACAUUGCCCUAUGAUUUUUUCGAGAAUUUCCUUCCCAAGUGCCCGAUGCUUGAACAUAUGGUGGUUGUGUGUUGUCACGGUCUUGCUGGUAAGCUUCAAAUCAGGGCUCCAUAUCUCAAGGCCUUCAUGUUCAUGGGGUCCAAGGAUGUCUUCAUCAACUGUAGUACACUUCCACUACUUUUCUCAUUGUAUCCACUUGAUAUUGGCAAUCCCUCAACGUUAUCUUGGUUUGCUUCUCCCUCAACUCUCUGUGUCCGUGAGCUCCAAGAUUCUGUCCUGGAAGAAUUCCUUGUUCCAGGUGAUGAUAACAAUGCCCCCACCAGGCAUAUUGAUUUACUUCAAAAGGUAGAAGUCCUCGACAUGAAUCAUCUCGUCCUUGAUAGUUGGGAGAUGGAACGCAGCUUUGUUCUAGCGAUCCUGAGGUUCUCCAACUUGCGUAGGCUCACUAUUAAGCUGGAGACUAGCCAAGUACAUGAUGAUCAGCCAGCAAAUGACCGAGUUAACAGCAUACAGAGGGUGCUGGGAGAAGAGAACUGCCCUGAUUUCCUUCAGCAUCUUAGUGAGUUGAGAAUUGGGGAUAGCCUCUGUGGUCCGUUUGAGCUGGACCUCGUGACUUUCUUACUAGUCACUGCCCCAAGACUUCAGUUGAUUCACAUUACGCCUUUUCAUCAGUUGAGCUCCAAGAAGGUUAUCAAAUUCAUGAACGAGGUGAUGAAAUGCAGGCGUGUCUCUAAAAACGCAGAGGUUAUAUAUGAUUGGAAUGAUGAAGAGGAGGAGGAUUGACAGUGACAACCUUUCUACCUUUACCUGUGUUGCUGCCCUCAUAAUCAUCUCCCCUCGAACUACUUACUUUCACCACUGUAAUGCUGGUUGAGACUUGAGAGAUGUGGUUAUGUCUGAUUUAGCAUAGUUUAGAUAUUCCAGAGUCUGUUUUCCCUUUGUUGCAAAUACAAAUUUAGACGGUUGAUAUAGACGAGGUACAGUUUCACUUCAUUGUAUCAAUAACUCUUAACGAAAUGUGGCCAAUGACUAGGUUUCUGGUGGGGUUGCUUUCUCGCUGGAAGCGCAUAAUAAUCAAUAUCCAAUAUUAACAUCGAGGCUAU